AUGACACUUAUUUAUACGGCGGUUGCACAGGAUAUGGAGAACCAUAUUUAUUCCAUUGCCUUUUGCGUCGUUGACAAGGAGAACGAUGCAUCUUGGACGUUCUUCUUUGGGAAGCUGAAGUCUAUUGUGAUCGAUGGACUAGAUUUGUGCUUUAUCUCCAAUAGGCACAAGAGCAUCGCCAACGGAAUCGCGAAGGUGUACAACCAUGCUCAUCAUGGGUACUGUAUGAGGUACCUAGGUGAAAAUCUCUGGGUAAAUCACCACUGUGGAGAACACCUCUUUCUAUUCUACAACGUGGCAAAGACAUAUUCUUCCAAUGAGGUUAGUGACUAUUUUGUGGAAUUCAAGAACUACUGUCCCGAGACAACCUUUUUCCUUGAGCAUGAUCUUGGUUUUGAGAAAUGGAGCAGGGCAUAUUUCCCCGGUAAAAGGGAGAGGCGUGCCUACGUCCUUAAAUAUAAGGAAAGAAAAUUUGUGCCCAUCGCCGAAAAGAUCUUAAGAGACAAUAUGAGCGAGGGCGACUCCUUCUAUGUGGAGAACAUAAGCGGGGACGAAAAGCAAUACACUGUAUUUAAAAGUGGUUGUACGACCAAAGUCGACCUACCAAAAAGGUCGUAUUCUUGCUGGAAGUUUGACCUGGUCAAAAUAUCAUGCAAUCACGCGAUGGUCGCUUUGCGAUCGAAGCACAAUGAAGAUUAUGGUUUGAGAGUCUAUGAUUACUCUUCGCCCCUGUAUAAAGUGGAAGAGUACCUCCUUGCGUAUUCAGAGUCGGUUAAUGUUGUCCCUUUGGAGUUCGAAUGA